CAAAGUAGCAAAUCGUGAUGGGAAGCGGAUUCUGUGAUCCCACGCGAGGGUGGCGAGCUCUGCGCUGUCUCCUCCUCCUCUGAAUAGCAGCCAGCUCAUCUCCUCUGCUUCUCCCCGCACCACCCGGCCGGGAAGGGGAGAGAGGGGACCCCAUGGCAGCCCCCAGGCCUGGGAGAGGGACAUGAAGAGCCCCAGGGGCUGCCGGAGGAGCAGAGACUAAAAUAAGCAAUCAGCAAAACACUGGUCAGUCCAGCAGCCAUGGCCUCAAGAACUUCAACAGGGAGGGUGCAAGAUGAAGCCAUAUGUCCUAUCUGCCUGGAGUACCUGACGGAGCCUGUGACUCUAGACUGUGGGCACAACUUCUGCCUCGCCUGCAUCACUAAGCACAGUGAGACAUGUACAGAGGGGGACUAUGACCCUUUGUGCUGCCCCAGCUGCAGAGCUCAGAUCCGGAGACAGAAUUUCCAGCUGAACUGGCAGCUGGCAAAUAGAGUAGAGCAAGUUAAACACUUGCAUGUUGAAGCAGAGAGAGAACAGAAAGUGAAUCUGUGCGCAAGACACAAGGAAGAGCUGAAGUUGUUCUGUGAGGAUGACAGAGAAGCCAUUUGUGUGAUCUGCAGAGAGUCCAAGGAACACAGAGCUCACACUGUGGUUCCCAUAGAGGAUUCUGCCCAGGAGGACAAGGAGGACAGCAGCGUCUUGAGCAGGCAUGUGGAGGCGAAGCUUCAGCACCAAGUGGAGAUUUCUGCUGAACUGUCUGACAGCCUCAAUACUUAUAACCAAAGUGAUGCUCUAAUGGAGACUCAGAGGGAAUUCAAAGACAAUCUGACAACUGAAUUAGAGAAAAAAAUAUUUCAAUCUAUGGGACCAGAUGAGAAAGUGAAUGUGACUCUGGAUCCAGACACGGCUCAUCCCCGACUCGUCCUCUCUGAGGAUCAGAAAAGCGUGAGAUGGGGAUUCACACGGCAGAAUCUGCCCAACAAUCUGGAGAGAUUUGACAAUGAUCCCUUUGUGCUGGGUUGUGAGGGAUUCACCUCGGGGAGACAUUGUUGGGAGGUGGAGGUGGGGGAAGCAAGAAGCUGGGUUUUGGGGGUUGCCAGAGAGUCUGUGAGCAGGAAGGGAAGGAUCAGUGUUAGCCCUGAGCAGGGCUUCUGGGCUUUGCGGCGGAGCGGGGCAGGGUGGUUGGUGGCUUACACUUCCCCUGAGGGGACCCACCUCCCUUUUGCUGAUAAACCCAGGAGGAUCCGGGUCUCUCUGGACUACGAACGGGGGCAGGUGACAUUUUUUGAUGUUGAUAAUGAGGCCUUGAUCUUCACUUUCCCACCGGCCUCUUUCUCUGGGGACAAAAUCCGCCCUUUCUUCUCAGUUGGGGAAAGAGGAAUAUACACAUCUUUCUCAUACCUGUGUGGGCCAUCCCAUAUCACAGUGUGUCCCUGAGACAUGGGGGAAAAUACCCCAAUGACUCAAGAAUGUCACGAGGUGGAGGACUCUAGCAGUCUUCAGUGGCAGAAAAUGAGAGAGGUGGAGUCCAUGGAGAGAAGGUGCUGUGGGGAGUGUGAAGGUGGAGUGUGGAGACGGGCAAACCGAUAGAGAAGAUGUUUGGGAGUGGAGAGGUGAAGCUGGCUAAGGAGAUAGGAGGGGAGGGUCAGUUACCCUGCAGAACAAAAUACACAAACCUUAACAUGCAUUGGAGAAGGGGAAACCAAUAUGGAAUAAAUGUAAUUCUCUUGCAAAAAGGAAUGGAAAAUGUUUUAAAGAAGAAAUUAGGAAAGAAAAUCCUUCUUUGAGCCAAUUUUAUCUUCACUGUACUUUGCUUUGUCUGUAUCAUUUCAACAGAUCUUAAUGUUAAAAUAAGUUCUGGCAGUUCAGUUAACACUCUGCCUUUUAGUAGCUGGCAUGUCUGGCUCUGACUGUCACCCACCUCCAUUCAGCAUGGUGCUCUGUCCACUUCUAGCAGUAGCGGGAGAGAUUGAUGAUCCUGCUACAGCCUUAGCUAUCAGAGCUGGAUCUCAUAGCUCAGGCCGUGGUGGCUCAUGCUUUAAGAUCCAGAGAGCACCACUUCCAGCUAACAAUAACUCCCCCCCCCCAACCCCCAGCAAGGCAUGGCAUAAUAUAAACAUAGUGGGCGAAAUUCAGCCAUUGUGAUCAACCUCUUCAGCAUCAUUGCUGCUGGCAAUUGGGGGCACUGGGAGGGGAAUUUGAAUCAAGAUUAAAAAAAAAAUACAAAAAUUCUGGUUUGCUGCAGAGCGCGUCUUUUGUGACCAGUAUGAGAAAAAGAAGCAUGUUCACUUUUUGUCCAAAUGAACUUGAACCUCAAAUAAAAACAAACAUUUGAAAGUCCUGCUGUCCCAUUUGUGAUCUCAGGAAAUGUCAUCAUGAGAAAUACAGGAGAGACGCUAUGUUCUGUGGUAAGGAAUCCAGAAGAGAGACUGAGAUACCAGACAUUAUUUUGGAGGUACAGUGAAACCCCACUAUAACACGAUGUUUGGGGUCCAAAAAAUUCCAUCGCGAUAAAUGCGGUGUCGCUGUAUAGUGGGGUUUCAAGCUGGUCAGUUUAAGUCAGUGGUCCCCAACGCGGUGCAUUGAUGUGCACCGCCUAGUGCCCCUAGUGCCCAGCAGGGGAGAAAAGCCGUGGCCCCGUGUCUGCCGGGGACAGAGAACUCCGAGGCUGUGGACGCCGGUGCUCUCUGUCCCUGGCAGGCACGGGGCCGCGGCUCCUCUCGAAGCCGGAGAGAAGCCGCGGCCCUGCACCUGGCUGCCUGGAUUAGCGUGGCCUCAUAGAAAAGUCCUUCAGAGAACACGUUAAUGUCGAUGCACUCUGUUACAUCUGAAAGUAAAGACACAGUCGUGAGUCAGAUCAGUGGAGACUCUUUUCGUACCAGACAGUCCCAAUGUAAUCAGAGAUAGCUGUGAAACAAUAGAACAGACUCAGUCAUGGUGGUAUGCCCCCAUCAAAGUAUUUUGUUUUUCUGCUGAAAUAGUUCUGU